CUAGACAGUUUCAGAAGGUCAAACGAACCCAGUCGUUGCGGAAUCUGCCCUCGCACGUGACCGCUGGGCGUCUACACCCUCAUCCUUCGGCCUUCUCUCCACCCCCGGGCCAGACAGCCUCAGGCUACCCGGCUCCGUGGCCUUGACCCGCGAUGGCUCUGCUAGGUGCGCUUGUCUGCUGUCUGUUGGUCGCCGGGCAUGGCCGUCCCGGGCUCGGACUGUCCGUGGCGCCCGGUGGCAGCCCGGGUCCCGCUCCGGCAGUGGGACAGUUUUGGCAUGUGACUGACUUGCACUUAGACCCUACCUACCACAUCACAGAUGACCACACAAAAGUGUGCGCUUCCUCCAAAGGCGCCAAAGCCUCCAACCCUGGCCCUUUUGGAGAUGUUCUGUGUGAUUCUCCAUAUGACCUUAUUUUGUCAGCAUUUGAUUUUAUUAAAAAUUCAGGACAAGAAGCAUCUUUCAUGAUAUGGACAGGGGAUAGCCCACCUCAUGUCCCAGUGUAUGAACUCUCAACAGACAAAGUCAUAAGUGUGAUUGCUAAUAUGACAGCUACCAUCCGGAGUCUCUUCCCAAACCUCCGGGUUUUCCCUGCGCUGGGUAAUCACGACUAUUGGCCACAGGAUCAACUGCCCGUCGUCACCAGCAAGGUAUACAAUGCCGUAGCAGAUCUCUGGAAACCCUGGCUCGAUGAAGAAGCUAUUCGUACUUUAAGGAAAGGUGGCUUUUAUUCGCAGAAAGUUUCGCCUAAUCUGAACCUUAGGAUCAUCAGUCUAAACACAAACUUGUACUACCCCCCAAAUAUCAUGACUCUGAAUGAGACUGACCCAGCAAAUCAGUUUGAAUGGUUAGAGAAUACACUGAACACCUCUCAGCAAAACAAGGAGAAGGUGUACAUCAUAGCGCAUAUCCCGGUGGGGUAUCUGCCCUAUUUAAGCAGCACCACAGCAAUGAGAGAAUUCCAUAAUGAGAAAUUGAUAGAUAUUUUUAGAAAAUACAGCAGUGUCAUUGUAGGACAAUUUUAUGGACACACUCACAGAGAUAGCAUGAUGGUUCUUUCUGAUCAAAAAGGAAGUCCAAUAAAUUCUUUGUUUGUGGCACCUGCUGUGACCCCAGUGAAGAGUGUUUUGCAAAAACAGACCAACAAUCCCGGCGUCAGACUAUUUCAGUAUGAUCCUCAUGAUUAUAAAUUAUUGGAUAUGUUGCAGUAUUAUUUGAACCUGACAGAUGCAAAUCUAAAGGGAGAAUCCGACUGGAAGCUGGAAUAUGUGCUGACGCAGACCUACAGCAUUGAAGACCUGCAGCCAAAAACUUUGUAUGGAUUAGCUAAACAAUUUGCAAUCCUAGGCAGUGAGCAGUUUAUAAAAUACUACAACUACUACUUUGUGAGUUAUGACAGCAGUGUAAUUUGCAAUCGGAAAUGUAAGGCCUAUCAAAUUUGUGCAAUUUUGGGUCUUGAUCAUAGUUCCUAUGUAGAUUGCCUCAAACAACAUUAUAUAAAGUACCAUCCCUAAAUUUCAUGUUUUGUGUUCCUAGAAAAUGUAACACUGUUCUGUUUCUGAGAUCAGUUUGUGGGAAUUGUUACGUCAAUCUUUGUGAGUUACUGAGUGGGCAAGCAGGAUUCCUAAUCUUUGCUUUCUUUUUUAUAAGCCUCAAAUGUAGAUAUUUGUAACAUUCUAAAUCUUUAUUAAAUCGAAUAUAUUUGAACUGCCCAUUUCUAGAAUGAUGUCUCGAAGUGAAUACCGUAUCUUCCAGUUUAUGUGUCUAAUUUAAACUCUUGUACACUCAUGAAAUUGUCAUUUAUACAAUAAAGCAAAUGAUUUCUCAAGUA